UUAGCAAUUCAGGGCGUCCCGUCGGUUAAUCAAGAUUAAUAUUUUUCACCACAAAUUAAGCGACUUUUUCUAAAUGCUUUCAUGUACUUUCCAACUUUAUUGACAGUUAGACCUCGUAUGCCGUGUGUGCUUACCUUUCUGUAAGUAGGUUGCCAUACAUACAAACAUAUUUGUGACCUAUACAAUCAAGAAAUUAAACCGAAUAUCGCUUGCAAGCCUUCAUUAAUGUAUUCCAAUACAAGUGCACCACAACCCUUAUUCUUUUUUAACAGAUCACAAUAUGCACACCACUUUAUUAAACAAAACCACGACGAAUAAUAUUUCUAUGGAAAGCAAAUUAUACCCGGACAAAGACAAAAUUCCCGAAGAUGCCUCAAAUAGUACCUUGAAAGCUAAGCCACCAUAUAGCUAUGUGGCCUUAAUAGCGAUGGCCAUACAGAACUCGGCCAUGAAAAGGGCGACUUUAAAUGAAAUAUACAAUUUCAUUGCAUUAAAGUUUCCAUAUUUUGAGCAAAACAAAAAAGGAUGGCAAAAUUCAAUUCGUCAUAAUCUGAGUUUGAAUGAAUGCUUCAUCAAGGUGCCUCGAGAGGGAGCAGGCGACAGGAAGGGUAACUAUUGGACGCUAGAUCCUAAUUACGAGGAUAUGUUUGAGAACGGUAAUUAUCGAAGAAGACGUCGCAUGAAACGACCCUAUCGCAAUAUCAGUCAGUUUUCCACUCCGCAUUCAUUAACUGACACCUUCAAGUCGAAGGCAACCUUACAUCAAAUACCGAGUCCAUCCAUCUACCAAUACAAUUCAAGUUUAGUUGCUUGCAGCUCACAAUGGAUGGCAACACAAGCGUCCCAUAGCAAUGUGUGUAAUUCUCGAAUGAUUAACUCCAAAAAUUGCAUGAUGUAUUCACCACAAACGAACUUGGUUGCGAGCAACAGUUACGGCAAUAAACUUAACAUAGAUUUUGUGCAUGAAAACAUCCCAAUUGAUUGCUCAAAAAUAUUCGAUGGCCAUGCGGUUGCUUCUUGGGAAGCAGAAGCUUAUUAUCAAUCGAUCAAAAGAGAGGCUCCCUUUGAGUUAUCAACGGGUUUAACCAAUUACCAAAACUCAUAUUUAUCACAACAAUAAUCUAAAUUUCUUGUGUCAUCACCUACCCUAAGCCAUAUUUUAUUAUAAGCUCUUUAACAUUUAUAAAUAAACUGCAAUAUUUUA